AUGGGUCUGUGUUUCUCCUUUCCACGGCGCCGGCUCCACCCAGCCAUGGGCAUGGGAGGUAUGGGUGGCAUGGGCAUGGGCAUGCCCCCUCCUCGUCGAUAUCACGGAGGUGGAAUGGGAGGAAUGGGUGGCAUGGAAGGUGGCAGGUACGGGGGACAUGGGGGAUGGGGUGGUGGCCCGCCGGGCGGUUAUGGCUAUGCCUCGGGGUUCGGGGGUCGCCGGCACGGAGGCCCAGGGUUUGGAGGGCCCGGGUUCGGCGGUCCCUCGGGGCGCUUUGGGCAUGGGGGACGAUUUGGUGGAGGCCGGCGAUGCUGA